GACCGGGACCAGACGAUCGCACACGAUCUACCAUCUGUGCUAUCGUCGGUUCGUGAUUACAUUAAUCCGUGGUAAUCACAUGCUUAGUAUUCGUCGCGUACAUUGAUUGGUGUAUAAGUCGGUUGCUGCUGUAUUUUUCUAGUAAAAAUUUCAAAUAUGCCAGAGAAACCAAGUGAAGAGACAGCUUCUGAAGACACUUCAAGCAACAAAGCAGCAAGUAAUCAUGAAUAUGAUCUGACGUUAACUGAUCGUUUGAACAAGAAACUUUUAUCUUCGUUGCUAGAAAGGAUGAACUCUGGCACACAGUUCGAUCGAUUUAUAACUCAGAAUGAACCAGUGAACUCGACGUCUGAAGAUGAUUUUUCACCAUAAUUAUUUUUCCUUCUGCUUGUGUGUAGUGAAAUAAGACUGUACAUGCUUUAAGGUUAUGUUGUAGAAACGCGUAGGAAUUCGUUUGCUCACCGUGAACGGAUGUCCUGACAUCUGGCAGUACAUCUUCACCGAUCUUGACUUUGGAAAUUUGGCGCCUUAGGUUGGAAUCGUUGAAUUUUAUAGUGAAAUGAGUAACAAAGCAGUUCAUUCUUCUGUAAUACAUUUGUAGGGGAUUAUAGUUCUGGUGUAAUAAAAUUAAUAUUUCAGGUGCUACUACAGACAUCUAUUGAUAGUACUGUAACAACAAAACAUCCAGGAGGAGAGACCUAACUGUGAGCAUGAUGUUGGAAGAACUGUAUGAAGAUAACCUCAUUGGGGAUCCAAAUGAUUUGGAGGAGGUAAUUGAGCGGCAAGGUGAACAGCUGUUUGAUGAAGCAGAAGAACAGGAGAUUGAAGACAAUGCUAAUAAUGGAGCUGAUGAUAAUGAAAACUCUAAUGCCACUAGAGUUGAACCUAAGAAACGAACUGUCCGCAAUCCUAGACUGAAAUUAGAUCCAGAACGACUGAAAGGUCCACGUGGUAUUGCUGUUUUAGAUAAUUCUUUCAAAGAUUUUAAAUUCCAUGGAAAGGGUUAUGAAAGUGUUGAUCUCAACAGGGUGAUGAAGAGAUUAGAGCACUGGGCACAUCGUCUCUAUCCUCGCUUCCAGUUUGAUGACUGUUUAGAUAAGAUUGAGAAACUAGGGCAGAAGAAGACUGUGCAGGUAUAUGUGAAAAAGAUACGCAUGGGAUUAGAAACUGUGGAAGAGCCAGUGGUAUUGCUUGAUGAAGUUGAUGAGUCUGAUGUUCAUAAUGAAGUACCCAUUGAUGCAUUUGAUGAACUUUUAAGUCAGCAGUUAUCACAAGUUAGACCAGAAAACCAGACAGAAAUAGCACCUUCACAAAUACCAUCAUUGCCACAUCAGCCACUACUGUCUCAGUCAGCAGACCUGACAGCUGAACAGAGAGAACGUAUGCUUAGAAAUCGGUUAUUAGCUGAGGAGAGGAGACUUGCAAGAAUGAAAUCAAAACAUGAACUACAGAAAGCUGCUGAGGCUGAGCUGUCCACAGUUGAUGGAUUAACAGCACAACCAUCUGCUGUUCAUGACAUCACCACCUUGGUAUCCAAUAUGGAGGCCACAAACUCUGCUGUGUUACCCUGUCAUGAACUUAAUAGCAGUUUCAUUGAUACAGUUGAUGCUCACGAGGUGAAUUCAACCUUUACCAGUGCAGUCUGUGCUACUUACACCACUUGUGAAACUGAUGACAUCAGUGUGUUCUGCAAUGUAAUUGAAAUUGAGGGAACCAAAAAUAUUACAAAAUCAGUUGGUACCAGAAACCAGAUUUUUUUUUCUGAGCCAGUUAAUGAAGAGACCAACAUUUUUAAGACAAAUGAAAAAGGUAAGAUCAUUCCUUUUUCCAAACCAGUUGAGGCUGAAGAUGUGAAUGCUAAUUCCACACCAGUUCAUACUGAACAGGCCAAUACAACUCUCAUACCAGUUGAUACUCAGGAGGUCAACAUUACUUCUGAACUGGGUGAGAGGAGAGAGAGUAAUAAUGCAACGUUCAUGCUAGAUGAUUCUGAACAGACACAUGCGACUUCUGUGCUCGUUGAUGGUGAAGAGAUUGAUACUGUCCUGAUGCCCAUUGAUCCUGAAAAGACUGAUACCAUCUUGAAGUCAGUCAGUGAUACCAUGACUGAUGCCACUUCUAUCCCAGUCAAUGCUAAAGAAACUGGUGCCCCUUCUGUGCCUGUUGAUACUGAAGAGACCAACACCUCUUUGUCAGUCGAAAUAGAAGAGAAUAUUUAAUAGUCUUGAUGAAUAAUCUUUUCAGUUAGGAUUCAUUUGUGUUGAUUAUAGAUAAAGGGUAUGUGGAAGAAUGUAACUAUUUAAUAAAGGUUGAAUGAGGUAA